GGAAGGAGCUCGUUCGCAUGGGAAAAUCGUUACAUAUCGAAAUGAUAAUACCCUCAGCAAAAGGCGGGUCUGGUUACACUACCUGAAUCUAAUAUAAUAGCAUACCAAAUUAUAAAUGUCGCGCCUAUCAGGCUGGAUGUAUAAAAGCACUGUAUAUUGCUAAAUAAUAUUCAAGUUGUUGUAUUUUCCCAACUGUUGAGAAUCGUCAUGAGGGCCCUCUUGAUGCUUUCCCUAAUCGCUUUGUCCACAUCAAUCGAUACUAGAAGUUGCUUUAGUCCAAGGUGUACUUUUGAGUACAGUCCUGUUUGUGCGGUGGAUGAAAAGGGUGUGGAACAUCCCUUUGGGAACCGUUGCUAUUUCGAAAAUGCUAAUUGCAGGCGUGAGGAAAAGCAUAUGCCUACAUUGAAAAUUAGUUUUAUGGAUUGCCUCCCCGGAAAAGGACUAUAGCGUUAUACAUAUUUGUGGGGAUAUGGGACUUAUAAAAUUAAAUAUAUCUUAAUACGACUCUGA